UGAACCCGGAUAAAUUCGCGUUAAUAGCUCAUUUCUAGGAAACUACAACCCACUAUGUUGUAUAGGUUUAGUUCAGUUUUAGUGGAACUGAAAAGGGAUCGUUUUACUUUUACAAAUAUCAGGGACAAUUUAAAAUGAAGACAGUUUGUAUGUUGACUACAGUUUGGUCAAGACGCAUCGAUGAGAGCAGGUUAACAAUUUUCUAUAUACAGCAUCCAUAGUUACUGUUCUUGGAUUCUAAGUGAUCGUAUCAGAUGUGUGGCGGUACCAUAUUCGACGUGCCUCUGUUAAGUUCCAGUGCUUUCAACAAGCAAGUGAGAGGCAUGAGCCCGACUGCAAAGGGUAAAAAAGAUAUGAAAUCAUACAGAAAUAAACCAGUAAAUUAUGUGUCUAGUGAACGCAUUGAUAGUCGAGAUGAAUUCUAUAUUUUAUCUAGAAAUGAUAGUUUAGUAAACCAUUGUACCUGGUACUACCCCGAAUGUUCCAGUAGUGAAGCUAGAAAGCUGUUGAAAUCCGCCGAUGUUGGAACUUUUCUACUUCGAAAUAGUUCUGAUCCCAAGUGUUUAUUUAGUCUCAGUGUAAAAACACAGCGUGGACCAACAAGUGUGCGAAUUAAAUAUUCCGGGGGAUUAUUUCAGUUGGACUGUGAAGACGGAUUGAGUGGUAAAUUGCCCAAAUUCGAAAACGUUGUAGCUCUAGUCAACUUUCAUAGUACUUUAUCAAAAAAUGACAAAGAAAACAAGUGUUUGUGGCUAGAACCGUCCGGCAAAAAGAGUCUGCCUGUUCUGUUUCAUAAACCUAAGUUACGUAAACCGGACUCUUUAAAACAUUUAGCGAGGAUUGCCGUUAACGCAUGUCAAAGUGAUAUCCAUAUACCCGAAAUAUCUACGGAUUUAUUACCGAUUCCACAGUGUCUAAAACUUUAUUUACGAGAAUAUAUAUACCGACUUUGAACUGACUAUAUUUAUUCUUUAAUAAUCAAAACUUUAUAUGGAAAAGAUCUUUAAUUCAGUGUAUUUUAAAAGCUAAACAAUUUCUGUGGUAACGAUCUUAAAAAUGUAUUUUAAAGCCCAACAACUUUUGUUUCAUUUAUUGGUUUUGUUUUUUUUUUGUCAUCACUAAGCUUUAAAUUUUUCGGAUUAUCACCCGAGUCAAUUGGUCAUAUUCUAUUAUACCAUGUUGUGUGGAUGUAUGGAUGGGUAUGUUGUGUUUUAAAGUUUUAUACAUGUAUAAGGUUUAUUUAUAUUAAUUUAUUGAAUAAAUGAUGUCAUAA